AUGGAGGAAAGAGGAUAAAGAUCAAAUGAGAAAGUAAAUGGAUAAUUAGAUUAUAAAACCAGGAAAAUGGUAUCACCUUAAACAGAUGUAAAUAUAAAGAAGGAGAAUUAAAAUCCAUUGGAUUAGAAUGGUAGUACAUAUUUAUUGAAGGGUUAUGAGAGAUAAGUUGGAUAUUAAUCAAAUUAGUAUGAUUAAUAUGAUAAGGGAGGAGAGCAAUAAAAGAUGCUAUAAAAUAAUAAUCCAUACUUAAAGCAAUCUAUAAAUAAUAAUAAUAUUGAAUAAGGGAAGCCAUUUAUAAGAGCAUAUUAAGAAGGAGAUUAAAGAAAACCUUUAGAUUAAAUGAAUUAGAAAUAAGAAUAAAGAUAAUUGAAUGAAAGAGAGAUUAUAAAUCCAUAUAUGAAUCAUGAAGAUUAGAAGAGUAAUCCUAUUGGAUCUAGAACACCUAUUGAUCCAAGAUAAAAUAUGAGUGCUUAUACUCCUUAAGAGAGAUAAGAUAAUUAUCAUAGGGAAGUUUAAUGUUAAGAUUAUAAACGAGAGUUUCAAUAACCUGAAUAUAGAAGAAUAUAUCAAGAUUAAGAUUAACGUAUUCCUACUCGAUAGAUGAGUCCAUUUGAAAUGUAAUAGAAACCUAUUGAUCAGUAAAUAGAUAGAUUGAGAUAUGAUUAGGAAAGAAUAAGAACAGUGGGUGGAUAAUAAGAAUAGCCAGAAAGAAUGGAUAGAAUGAUAAGAGCAGCUGAUUAGGUAAGAAUGUCUGAUAAUCAUUAUUUAUAAUAAUAAGAUAAAAGAGUAUUAGAAAGAAGAGAUGUUGGAUAAAGAUAUUUAGAUGAAUAAUAAUAAGUACGGGAUUAAAGAAAUAAUACUUCUAAAUCUUAAGAGUAUUCAUAAAGAUAAUUAAAUUAAUUUAGAAGACCUUAAGAGGGAUCUAAAACUCCAAUUGAAAGAAGAGGAUAUGAAGAUCAAAUUUAAUAAGAUCCAAGAUACAACCCAUAAUCAUAUCCCUAAAAUCCUUAUGCAGAAUCAAGAACAUAAUAAUAAUAUAUUUAAUAACAUUUAGAUGAUCAAAGAAGAAUGCCAAUUCCAAGAAAUAUUAAUCCAUAUGAGACUAGAUAAUAAUAAUUUUAAGAUUAGAGAUUAUAAUUUGAUAGAAUACCUGAUAGACAUGAUUAAUUUGAAUUUAAUAGAAGACCUGAUCAACAUGAUCAUCCUAAUAGAACUGAUUAAUAUAAUCAAUCUAAUCGACUUGAAUUUGAAAGUAGAUCACCCCAUCAACAAGUAAGAUUUGGUCCAGGUCAAGAAGGAAGAUUUGAUCUAGAUUAAAGAUAACCUUAAGAUGGUAGAUAUUAUUACUAAGGAUAUAAUCAUGAUAGAAUACCACCUUAAGGAUUUAGAUAAGAAUAAGAAGGAAAAUAAUUAUUUGAAGGAAGAUAAGCUUAAAGAACCUAAAUAGAAUAGAGGCAUUUUUAUGGUCAUGAUGGGUAAUAAAAUUUAAGAUAAGGAAUCAAUUAUAGAGAUGGUAGAUCUAUGUUAGAUGGAAGAACAGAUAAUAGAGAAGUAUUAGAUGAAAGAUUUGGAAUAAUGGAUCCAAAAUAAUACUAAAUUGAUGGUAGAGGAGGAUUUAAUAGAACGUAUGGAGAUGAUAGAUAUUAAGCAAAUUCAAAUUUAGAUGCAAGAUAUUAAUUCGAUAGACGUAGAGAAUAAAUUGUUACAAGAACUCCUAUUUAAAAUAGACCUUUUGAGGAAAGAACAAAUUUAGAAUAAAGAAUUCCUAUUGAAAGUAGAAAUUAAUAUUAAAGAGCAUAUAAUGAUAAAUUUGGAGAUUAAUAUUAUGAAGAAAAAUAUUCACAAUAAUAAGAUCCUAAUAGUAAAAAAGAUUUUAUUAAAUCUGAUUACACUAAAAUGAGAGAUGAAUUAGAUAAAAGAAAUGUUUUAGGUAGACCAGAAAAUUAGGAUAAAAUGAUUGAAUUUGGUAGAAGAUAAGAAUUUGAUGGAAGAAUAAGACCAGAAACCAAUUUUGGAAAGCCUAAUGGAUUUACAUAAUAACCAUAAUUAGAAAAGUAUUAGAAAAAAGAAUUAAAUGAUUAAGGAUAGAGAUUUAGUUAUAAUGAUGAUAGAUCUGUUCUUGAUAGAUUAGGAUUAGAGAGAGGAGGAACUAAUAGAAAUAUAAUUGGUAAUUAAGUUGCAGAAAAUAUGAUGAGAGGACAAAUGAAUAACAGACCAUAUGAUAGAGAAAGAAGUUUUAAUAGAUUAGGAAUGGGAGAAAGAGUUGCUAGUUUUACAAAUAAUAAAAUGGGAUAUUAAAGAACGGCUGUUUAAGAUAAGGAAGAGUAUUAAGGAUAUGUACGAUCCAAGCUUAAUACUAAACCUUCUUAUGGAAAUUAUCCUAAUGAAUACUAGAAAAAACAAUCUCAAGAUUAGGGAUUCUAAAAAUGUAAUCGUCUUUCACUCAUAAUUUAGUGCAAAGUCCUUAGCCCUAGGUAGAAACUAGAGUUGGAAUUUAUGAUAUUUAGAGAAAAGAAGGAAGAAUUUGA